AUGGCGGAAGCUAUCAAGUCGCCAUCCGGGCCUCAAUAUUGUCAUGAUGUAUCUUGGAAUCCCCUGAGCUACAGAUGGCCCAGCGCAAUCUUUAACCAACAUUACGGCCUGCCUCCGUUAUUGGACCCUCAAGACCUCAGCUGGAUGGAAGGCAUCUUCAGAAGGCUGGGGACGUCGUCUUGGCCCGGGUACUUGCGCACACCCGUGUUCACUCAAGCCCCAGGACAGCACAUGUCUAAAAUGCAAAGGGAGAUGAGUGGAGGGGUGUCGGAAGUGUUUGGUGAGAUGAGCAAGUGGAAAAUUAGCUUGGAUGUCAAUCACUUUGCUCCCUCGGAGAUCACUGUCAAAAUACAGGAUGGACUUUUAGUAGUUGCAGGAAAGCAUGAGGAAAGACAAGAUGAGCAUGGCUACAUUUCAAGAUGUUUCACAAGAAAAUACACACUUCCAGGUGGUGUUGAAGCUGAAAGUCUCCAGUCGUGUCUGUCCGCCGAUGGGAUCCUUACAGUGGAAGCACCAUUACCCAGCAUUCCCCUCCCUGCUGAUGUUAAUAUCCCCAUCCAGGUAUUGAUUAGUUCUGACAGCUGUUUAAUCUGUAAUCAUACAGUCUGAAGAUUUUCACUAUUGAAGCUCAAAAUUAGGCACUGAGUGUUCUGUGUGGCAUGCAUUGCACUUGUUUAUAAUAUAUCACCAUUACAUUUAAGUGGUGGUUUCUGUCAUUCAUGGUGAAAUGGCACCAUUAUUGUCAUUAUUGAAAACUUUUCUUGGUAAAUCCAAGGGGUAAACACUACCCAUCCAUCCACCGGUGCCUAAUUGGUUUUGUAUAAAAGCUAGACAUCGCAGGUAGAGAAACUGUCUCCCAGGAGCCGUAAUAUCAGCCAGUCUAUUGGCAAAAAGCUGACAGCAAUUUAAGUUUGCAGGGGAAGUGUAAUACAGACAUGGAAGAAAAUAGCAGAAAAGGACUUCUCAAAACCUAUUAUUUCAAUUAUUUUUUUGUUUUAUAUUAUUGCAUAGGAUGUGGCCACUCAAAUGAACUUGUCUUGCUUUAGAAAUGCCAGAUAUUGUUUACCCGUUGCAUGUCUUUUUCAGUUUACGCCAAUUUAUUAAGGCAUGCCGUCAUAACAGGCUGCAAAACAAAAUGUUUUUUACAUUAAAGUAAAAAGGAUUUCAGAAAUAAAUAGAGGUAUACGAUUCUACAAUGCCCCGUAAAACGUCAAAUGCCAAAUUUAAAGUCAGUUCAUAUAUUAAUCACCCAGCAAUUCCAAUUAUCAAGCUCAUAAUUGUUCUAAUAACCAACAAAGAGAUUAAAUGCAAGCUUAUUUUCCCGCAGGGGACAUAUGGCCUUUCUUCACAACCCAGAAAAUUAAUCAUUUAUGUGUACACUGGCCCUGGCAUUUUAGGGUCUUGAUGUGGCAUUUAAGCUCUUGACUUCAUUUAAAGACUGUUUUGCGUUUGCCACAGGUGGAGGAAACCGUUGGAGGAAAACAACAAGAUGAGCCUCAAACCGAAGCCGAGGCUAAACCAGAAUCACUUGAAGGAGAAACUCCUGAACCCUCCGUCUCAUCUGAGCAUCCUGAAGGUGGACAGGUCACCGAACCAGACCAGCAGACUGUAUCUGAUGUAGAUCCAUCUAGAGAACCACAACCCCAGUCCACCUCAGAAGCUGCGGCGGGUACCACUGAGUCUGGAAGAGAGCGGGUCGGUGAACCCGGAGUGGAGGACAAAGAAGCUGCUUUUCAAGAGGCAACUGAAGGCACCGCUCGAGACGAAGAGGAAUCUGCAGACAAGCCUCAGGCUCCAGAGACUCCAGACACCAUCACCUCCGAGCAAGGAGAGCAGGCAGAGGUCACGCAGCCUCGAGAGCUGGAGGGUGAAGAGGGAUAUACAGACCCUGCUGUGACAGAAGAUGAGCAAUCAACCUUCGGGCAAACCCAAGAGCUGUUCACCUCUCAGCAGGUGCUCCAAAAGGAGAUGGAUGUAGACAAAAUGUAGGCUGCAAGAUAGCAACAUCCCAGCUCUUUCCUUAGCCUUUGAAUUUACUGUAACAUGCAUCUUCUUAGCACUA